CUUUGUUCCAGCAAAGCUAGUAGAACUGUUCUCAGACAGAAAAUGAACUGCUUUACUGCGCAGUCGCACAAAAUCUCGUUCUAAAACUGUUCCCUAAUUUGCACCUGCUGGAACAAAACAAGUACACUGGUAUUUAUGAAAAUUAAAUAUGACAGUACUGGUAUUUAUUUGAAAAUUGUGUGGUUAGUGGUUAUGUGUUAUGUAUCAAGGUUAUGUAUAGCGUAAAGUACGGUACGAGCAUCUUUUACAAUAUUUAUAAAACAUCAAAUAUUCUAUUUAAAAACUGAUUAAAAGAGACGUAUUAGUCUUGAAAUUUUUAAUAAAAUAUGGCAAAGUUUAUUAUUAUCGACAAUCAGCUUAUAAGAAUAGAAGACAGUGAAGCCAAAACUAUCAAUCAUGACAAUGCAACUGAAACUGUUAGUGUGGAAGAAAGCUGCAUAAGUGAUAGUGCGAGUACCCCAUUGAAAAGGAAACAUUCUGAUGAAACAAAGAGUUAUAAAGAGUGGUCUCCAAAGGCUACGAAAAUAUUAAUUCAUUUAUACAAAGAAUAUAGGAAUCGAGUGGGCUUGUAUGAAAUGAGGAAUCUAAAAAUGAUGUUCGACAAAAUUUCCAAUGUCAUGAGGGACGAUUAUAAUCUAGAAUAUUCGUCAGCAAAUUGCUCCAAUAGAUGGAAAGUAUUAGAGAGAAGAUAUAAAGAUUUCAUUGACGAUCAAAAAAAAACAGGCAGAGGAAAAAAAUAUUUUGAGUACUUAGACGAAAUGACUGAUAUAUUUGGCAAUAAAAAGAAUAUUUAUCCUAAGCUAUUAUUAACAGCUAAUUCCCAAAGUAGAAGUAGUUCUACAGCAGGCGCAGAAAGAGAAAAUACAGACAUUACUGGAAUAGAAAAUAACAAUGAUUCACAAAAUGCACAAACAACUGAUGAAGUUACAGAGAUAACAUUCAAAAAAGCAGAGAAAAAAGUCACCCCAUUGAAACAGUUGUCACCGAACACAAAAUGGAGGAAGAGUAAUAAAAAAUAUGACACUCUGAUGGAAUUAAAUAAACAGAAAAAGGAGUAUUACCAUCAAAAAACACUAUAUUUACAAAAUAUGCUUGAGGAAAAGAAAGCCUAUCAUAAGGAAAAACUACUUUUAGAAAAAGAAAAAAUAGCAGCUAUAAAAAAGCAAAAUAUUUUACUAACUAGAUUAAUACAUAAAACAUCGAAGUGAAAGGUUGUGUUACUCUAAAUAAUAUGAUUAAAUUUUUGUUAUUCAGUGUUAUAAAUUUGUUUGUGUUAUGUUUUGUAUUUAUUGAAUAAAGAGUUAGUUUGAGAAUUAAAAGAAUGAACAUUUUCCCGUCAGAUUUGCAAUAAUUUUUGAUUAUGAUGUUUUAUGUACUUAUAAACAUUUUU